UUUUCUAUGUCCCUUGUCCCAGUCACUGCCACCAUCUUCUGUGAAGUCAGACUAACAGUAUGUAUGUAGCUGUCUAAAUAAUGACCUUGUUCAUCCCUGAUAUGGCUGGUCGUCUGUUUUUGCUCAUCCUCCUUUUCGAUACCUUCCAGUACAUCAAAGCCAAAGAUCUUCCUCAGCCCAGUCUGACAGUGAUUCCUGCAGUCAUCAAAGAGAGAGACUCAGUUCAGCUGAACUGUCAGACUCCAUCUAUCUCUGAGUGUUACUUCAAAAUGGAAGGGCAAGUGGAAUUCACCCUACCAUCACCCUGUCAACAGACACUCACAGGAACACUACUGGUGAGGUGGACAGGUCAGAGUUCACCAGCUGAGGUCAAAAUACAAUGUCAGUACAGUGCUACAGGUUCACAGUUUAGAUCCAUAUACAGUGAGCCUUCAACAGUCACAAUUCAGGAUCCAAAACCAGACAUUACAGUCCAAUUUGAUGAGGACUUCACCAUCAUCUGUUUGAUUCCUGGAUCCGUCAGUCCUGACACCACCUGUAACCUGUAUGUUGGAGAGGAGAGUCAGCCAUCCUUCACAGCAAAGAUCAAGAAGAGACAAUCCACCUCAGCACCCAGACAGGAGUUCUGUCAAUUCACUCCAAAUCAUAGUGAUCUGAUCAGUGGUCUACAGUCAGUGAGGAGUAAGGAUGUGAGCUGUGAUUACAGAGUGAGCUCUGGACCAAACUCUCUCUCUCCACGCAGUGAUGGGUACAACUUUACAGAUCUGGUGGGAGUUCACAUCAGUGAUCCAACAACUGUACAGACACCUUCUACAGCAGGUUGGCUACACAUCUGUGCUUUUAUAGUGGCACUGCUGUUAUUUUAAAGCAAAGCAUGUUUCAGCAAUAAGAAUAGUUGUGUUCAUGUGUAAAUGAAGCUGUUCUGUUAGAUAAUUAGGCUGUUCUGUAGAUAUGACACCAGCCUCAACACCAAUGUCUGGGAUCAUCAGCACAAGUAAUAGAAUGUCUGUGUUCAUCUAGUGGAGUGUUUAGA